AACAAACAAACAAACAACACAAACAAUGGCUGAAGCAAAGAGCCUUGAGAGACUUAAAGCAAUGAGAAGUUUAUUGAAGAGUGAGAUGGAGAAAUCAGAGACAUUCUCAUUGGUUCUCGAAAAGACAGGAACCAAGCUUGAAGAGAUCAACACCAAGUUGUUGUCUUUAGAAGCUGAUGUUAAAGUAGAGAGAUGGAGAUGUUCUCCUUUCUCUGAUCAUAUCCGCCACACCAUUGCACCUAUCUCGGCUGUUCUGAGAGUCUUUGCCACGGUUCAAGAACUUGAGAGAUCUCUCACAUCAUGUGAUGAAGUUCUUGGUUAUGUUUCGGAUGUUAAACGUCUUGGAGAAGCGAUGAAGCUUCUCUCGAGUAGCUGUGUUCUUGCUCUUAACUGGCUUGAAGAUACAAUCCAGUUCCUGUCCGAAAAUGGAAUGCCUGAAGAUCAUCCUUGCGGUUUACGGUUUAAGACUUCGAUAGAGCUUCUACGGGAACUGAAAAUGACCGAGGCUCGUGCUUAUCUUAAAGGAGGCAGUAUUUGCACAGCGUUGGAGAAUCUUGAAACAGAGUUUGAGAGGAUACUUGAAGAAGAGGAGGUUUUGUCUGAAUCAAACUUGAGAAAGUUGCAGGCAAUCAUCAAGAGAUCAGAUGCUCACUGUGUGCCUUCUUACAUCAAGAUCCGCACAAGGGUCAUUCAGAAACGGUUUGAGGUUGCUUAUCUACACAGCACAAUCACAGAAGCUGACAAUGUGCAGGACAUUGAAGGCGAUAUAGAUCAAUGGAGACUUGACAUGGAGAUAGCUGUGAGAGAGAUCUAUGAGUUUGAGAGUAAGCUCUGCUAUCAAGUGUUUGAAGAUGUUGGAGAUGAGCAUGACGUUCCAGUGCGUUGCUUCGGAGCAAUAGCUUCAAACUCAGGAAUGCUUCAGCUUCUCAGGUUCGGUUCAAGAAUCAGCAAAUGCAAGAAAGGUCCACCAAAGCUGCUAAAACUCUUAGAUUGUUUCUCCACAAUGGACAGCAUUCGAACCGAGUUUAACCGGCUGUUUAAAGGUGAGCUAUGUUCAGAUAUACGCAGAGAAACAAGGGAACUGAUUAGCAACCUCGUUAACGGUGUCUGCGAGAUCUUCUGGGAGUUACCUUGUCAGGUUGAGCUUCAAAGACCAAACCGCCCUCCUCUUGAUGGUGGUAUCCCUAAGCUUGUGAGCGUUGUGACUGAGUACUGCAACAAGCUACUAGGGGACAAGAACAAGCCGGUCUUGUCCAAGAUUCUUGAGAUUGAUUUGGGCUGGAAGAAGGAAAAGUACCAAGAAGAGAUUCUCAUAGGUCACAUCUACAACGUACUGAGAGAGAUUGCUUUGAAUCUUGAUGCAUGGUCGAGUUCCAACAAAGAAACCGCUCUUUCUUACAUCUUCAUGAUGAACAACCACUGCCAUUUCAGUAGCUUGAGAGACACUCAUCUCGGAAACAUGAUGGGAGAGUCUUGGUUAAAGGCACACGAACAGUACAAAGACUAUUAUGCAGCUCUGUAUGUCAAAGAAAGCUGGGGAAAGCUCUUGUCCCUACUCACCAUCAAAGAUCAACCUGCGAAAAGAAAGCGAGCCCGUGAGUCCAUUAAACGAACGUUACAAGCCUUUGCUGAAGGCUUUGAUGAGAUAUACACAAGGCAAUCAACUUGGAUUGUUGAGGAUGAAAAACUGAGAUGGAAGAUAUGUCAAGCCCUGGUAAGAACGGUUGUGCCGAGGUACAAGAGUUAUCUACAGAGUUACAUAAUGCUUCUUGUUGAAGAAGAUCCUAUAAGUCAUGGUAAGGACUUGAAUUAUACUCCAAAGGGUUUGGAGAUGAAGCUGAAGACUAUGCUUCAGAGCAAAGAAGAGACAGAAAAUACAUUGGAGAAUUCUCACUUUAUGAAGAAAGUGUUGGAGAAUUCUCACUUGACAUUUGAAGCUAUAUGAUACUUACCUUGAAAACAUUUUAGCUUUAGCUUUACUUGAAUAGGUGUGUAGUGUAUUUGUAUGUGAUACACUUGGCUGAUUUAAAUGUUCAUUUCAAUUUUACUUUUACCUUUUAUUUAAAACUUUAAAAGGUCAUAAUUAACCUAACCAUUAAUGAGAA